CUGAAAACUUCUUCCAAAACAACAACAAACAGGACAGUGAUUUUCACGAAAUUUUCAAGUCCUAAACAUAUUUGCGUUUAUUUGCGGUGAAAAGUUUUCGAUUGCUAUUUAAAGUUGCGCGCCCCCGUUCGACCACAAUGGGCAACCAGCUGGUGGGAGUCGCUCCGUCGCAGAUUUUCCCCGUCGAGCACUACCUUACGGGAUCGUUCGAGUCGGACUUGCAGUACGAGUCGAGUAUGGGCAGUACGCGGUUUUUGAAGGUGGCCCGGGCCAAAUCCGACGAGGGACUGGUGGUGGUCAAGGUGUUUGUAAAGCACGAUCCGUCACUUCCGCUGGAGCAGCACCUGGACAAGAUCGAGUAUAUUAAGAAGAAUCUGGCGAAUGCGGUCAACUGUUUGCCGUUUCAGCGAGUGCUGACAACGGAGCGCGCCUGCCUCAUCAUCCGCGAGUACGUCAAGCACAGCCUGUACGACCGCGUCUCGACCCGGCCCUUUCUGACCGUCAUCGAGAAGAAAUGGAUCACGUUCCAGAUUCUGUGCGCGAUGCAUCAGUGCCACAAGCAGAAGAUCUGCCACGGCGACAUCAAGCUGGAGAACAUCAUGAUCACGGCGUGGAACUGGAUUCUCCUGUCGGACUUUGCCUCGUUCAAGCCGACGUACCUGCCGGAGGACAACCCGGCCGAUUACAGCUUCUUCUUCGACACCAGCCGGCGCCGGACGUGCUACAUCGCGCCGGAACGGUUCGUCAAGUCGGCGAGCGGGGAAUCGAAGCCGGACGGUCCGCUGGUCGGGGACGGGCCCUGCUAUACCGGCAAUCUGCAGCCGGAAAUGGACAUCUUCUCCGCGGGUUGCGCCCUGCUCGAGCUUUGGACCGAGGGAACGGCCCCGUUCGAGUUCUCGCAGCUGCUGGCGUACCGGCGCGGUGAAGUCGAGCUCGUGAACAAACACCUCGAGUGCAUCGAGGACGAUCGGUUGCGCAGUCUGCUCGCGUCGAUGCUGAGUCCGAACCCGCGCCAGCGCAAGUCGGCGGAGAUCUAUCUGGACCAGGAGCGGGGCAAGCUGUUUCCGGAGUACUUUUACUCGUUUCUGCAGUCGUACCUGCAGAUGUUUUCCACCAUUCCGAUCGUGUUUGCCGACGAGAAGAUCCAGCGGCUGUACUCGGACAUCGAUCAGAUCGUGAAGAUUGUGACCGGGAAGGACGGUGGUGACGAGGAGCGGCAACAGCAGCGGAAACCGGAGGAGAUGGGACCGAUCAAUUUGGAGAAGGCGAAGCAGUUGUUUGAUAACGAUGGGUUGAUACUGAUUACGGCGGUGGUGACGUCGUGCAUUCGGGGCCUCAAAUUCUGCACCUCCAAGCUGGCCACGCUGGAGAUCCUGCAGGCGCUCGCGGAAAACACCGCCUCCGAAGCCAUCCUGGACCGCAUCCUGCCGUACAUCCUGAGCCUGGCCCAGGACGCCAGCCCGCGGGUUCGCGUGUGCGCCCUGGACACCCUGACGCACUGUUUGGGGCUGGUGCGGAACCUGCCGCGCAGCGACGCCAACAUCUUCCCGGACUACAUCCUGCCGGCGAUCGCACCGCUCGCGACCGAUUCCUCGAUCAUGGUGCGGGUUGCGUACGCGAAGAACAUCGCCACGCUGGCGGAAACGGCGGUCGGGUUUUUGGAGCAGUCGCAGUUCAGCUGCAGCUCGGAGAACCAUCCGCCGCCGCACUACGAGAGUGAGCUUGGGGCGCUGCACGAGACGUUGCACCAGUCGGUGUUGUCGCUGCUUACGGACGGGCAGCCGAUCGUGAAGCAGAUGCUGAUGGAGUCCGGGAUAACGAAGUUGUGCGUGUUCUUUGGGCGGCAGAAGGCGAACGACGUGAUUUUGUCGCACAUGAUCACGUUUCUGAACGACAAGGAGGACAAGAGUCUGCGCGGGUCGUUCUUCGACUGUAUUGUUGGGGUGGCGGCCUUUGUCGGGUGGCACUGCUCGCCCAUGUUGAUCCCGUUGCUCCAGCAGGGCCUAACCGAUCCGGAAGAGUUUGUGAUCGCCAAAGCGAUCCGCGCCACCACGCUGCUCAUCGAACUGGGGCUCAUUCAGAAGCCUGGGAUCAUCGAGUUUAUCGCCGAGUGCGCGUGCUACCUGAACCAUCCGAAUCUCUGGAUUCGGCACGAAAUCUGCGGGUUGAUAUCGACAUCGGCCAGGAUCCUGAGCGCGCUGGACGUUCAGUGUAAGAUCAUGCCGUCGAUCGUGAACCACCUGCGCAGUCCGCUGAUACAGGUCGAGAAGCCGGAGCUGCUGAUGGACAGCUUGUUGGCGCCGAUUCCGAGGAAUAUUUAUGACGCCGUGGUCAAGUGUCACGACAUCAACCAGCUGAUUGAGGUGAUUCGGGAGCGGAAGGUGGCGCGUAGCAAGUGCAGCGAGGGGUUCAUUCCGCAGUACGGUGAGAUGACGACGCAGAUGAAGAAUCUCUUCCGCCGCCUCACCACCGAGGGCCUCACCGACCAGAUUGAGGCCCAGCUGCUCUCGAUGAGCGCCCACCUGAUCAAGCUGCACCGCUACAAACUCGCCGAGACGACCCGCGUCGGGCCGCACAGCAACGGGCGAAUCACGCUGGACGCCCGGGCCGACCCCAUCCGGGAGGUCCUGCUCUGCGACCGGAUCGGCAAGCUGGAGGUCAAGAGUGCCGCCGUCAAGCAGCGCAAGUCCGAGUCGGACGCCGCACAGGCCCAGGAGUGGCAGCACAUGUUUGCGGAUUCGCACUCGCCGUCGCCGACCUCGCCGGUCGUGACGGAUUCGGUGGGGUCGGUGCUGACGGUGACGGCGUUGGCUCCGCCAACGCAACCGACGCCUACUUCGAGCUUGGUUGAGUACAGCAUGCCGGAGCGGACGGCACUGCUGGAGAAGAGGGCGGAUUGUCGGGUUGAGUUUGAGGGUUUGGUGGGGAAGUUGAAGACGCGGUACGCUUCGUACGCGUUGAACCGGGAGUUGCGGGAUCCGACGAUGACCAGUUCGCCGCUGCCGGUGGGGUGGAAGAUGAGCGGGACGCUGGCGGCACAUUUGCAUGAACACAAGGCGGCGGUAAGUAGGAUGACGACGUUGAAGCCAUACGGAUCGUUGUUUGCCAGUGCUUCGAUUGACGGGACGGUGAGGUUGUGGGACUGUAACAAGCUGGACGGGCAGCAGUCGAUCAACCGCUCGAGGCAGUCGUACCACGCGAAUAGUCCGCUGCACGCGAUCGCGGCCUGCGACGCCGGACAGUCGUUGGCGAUCGCGGGGAAAGAUGGCGCCCUGUUGCUGCUCAAGAUCGACACCAACUCGAGCAAGAUGGCGCUGCAGCAGGCUCGUCAUCUGGACUCCAGUACGCGGGUUGAACGCGGCGAACCCCAGGACGAUGGUCCGGUCGUGGAGAUGCAACCGCUGGACCAGGGCGCGCAAAGUGUGAUCGUGUACGCCACGCUGUACGGAGCCCUGGUCGGGUGGGACAUCCGCGCCCCGGGAUACGCCUGGCGCCUCGAAAGUGACCUCCGCAAGGGCGUCAUCACGACAUUCUGCGUGGAUCCAACCAGCUCCUGGCUCACCGUAGGAACCAGCAGCGGACGGCACAUCUGCUGGGAUCUCCGCUUCCGACUCCCAAUCGCAGAAAUCAAACAUCCGUACGACUCGCGAAUCCGUCGCGUCUCGCACCACCCCGUUGAACCGUCCUGGCUGGUGUCCGCCUCCCAAGGCAACAACGAGGUGUACGUGUGGAACAUCGAGACCGGCCACCGCCAGCAAGCUUACUGGGCCAGCUCCAGUCCGCCCCUCUCCAAUGCGAACGUUUCUUCCCACUCGGUUUGCGCCCUCCUUCCCGGAGUCGUCGACGGAAGCGGCUUCCUCCUAACCGGUGGAACCGAUCAACGCAUCCGCUACUGGGAUCCGGUCAACGUGGAAAACUGUUCACUGGUCGUCCCAUCACCCAGAGAUUACCUCGCGACGUCCAACAUCAGCUACGAAUCUCGCCUGAUCGACGGGACGCGGGUCAUUUCGGAAAUAACCGGCUCCUCGGCCACCACCGAGCGGAACGCACGCGCCGGGUCGGAGGAUGUGCCCCGAUCGGGGCCGGAUAUGCCGGCGCCGGGCCACCACGACGUGAUUAGCGACCUGCUGAUGUGUCGAACGUCGAAGCAGACGUUCGUGGUGUCGAGCAGUCGCGACGGGGUGAUUAAGCUGUGGAAGUAGGGAUCCGUCUGCGGAUUAUUUGUAGGCUGUAGAGUGUGUUAUGCGACCGACGUCUGUGACAAUUUAUUCCAUUUAGAUAUUUAUUGGCAAUUAUAUGCUUUUUCGCAUUA